GAUACUAUUUUUCACUUCCACAAAAAUACUCGUAUUUUAACAAGAAAUACAAUACAAAACAAAAAUACCAAGUACAUCCACAAGGUACACAAAUCCUAAAAUUAAUUACCUCCAUCCUCAAAAACAAAAAAAAAAAGUUUUUUCUUUUGUUAUCACUCUCUCUCACCUCGGCGCACAAAAACGGGGGAAAACAAAACAGAGGAGACAAUAAAUGUGAACAAAGAAACGCCGCGUGGGUGUCUCUCUCUCUCCUCCUCUUCCUCCUCCCUUUCUCUCUCUUCCUUCCUCCUCACUGCUGUGGGAGUAUUUAAAACUCUUCCCCUUUCUUUUACUUAUUCAUUUCCUCUCCACCUUCUUCUUCUUCUCUCUCUCUCCUCCUCUUUCACUCCUGUUUAAAUUCCAUUUUCAAGAAUUAAGACAGAGAAAGUGAGAGGCUUUUUCAUCUCCUUCUCUUAUUCUUCUUCAUCUUCCACUCUAUUAAAACUAUUUCAAGGAAUUUCAACAGCAAUCUGACAUUCUUCAGCGAAGUUUCAUACAACAUUAUCGAUCAAAUUCCUGAAGAAAUUUCAUCGUGAAUUUCUCUCUGUUCUCCUUGGACCUUGAGUCGAUAUAUUUCGCGGAAUUCGUUGAGAUAAUUUAGCGAAUUUGCGAAGUUUAAAGAAGAAAAUUAUCAAAUCAAUGGCGUCGAUAAUUUCAAAUUACGAAGAGCACACAGAAGAUACAUCACGAGAAUCAAAGAGGAAAAAACGCCGAAGAAUAGACACAAUCAAUCAAAAUCAAUCAAACAACAAAAAUCAAAAUCAAAUUAGAUGGAAAUCAGCAGCAGAACAACAAACUUACUCAUCAAAACUUGUCGAAGCUCUUAGACAAGUUCGUCGUCGUAAUCCUACACCGGCUCCACUUCCAGGAAGCCGAGCCGUCCGUGAAGCCGCCGACAAAGCCUUAGCAAUAGCCGCCAAAGGUCGCACUCGUUGGAGCCGAGCCAUUUUAACUAAUCGGCUCAAGCUGCGCCUUAAAAGCCAUAAAAAAGCUAAAGUUCGUUCAAAAUUACCGCCGUCACCGCUUACCGGAACUAGCCGGUUGUUCGGAGAAAAUCAACAACAGCAGAAAUUACCAGCUAUUGAGAAACGUGUUAAGGUUCUUGGCCGGUUAGUUCCCGGUUGCCGGAAAUUAUCGUUUCCUAAUCUUCUAGAAGAAGCUACUGAUUAUAUCGCUGCUUUACAAAUGCAAGUCAAAACUAUGGCUGCUCUUGCGGAAAUUCUCACCGGUUCAAAUUCCGGUUCAAGUUCCGGUUUAAUGGAUAUUGAUUCAUCUAGUAGUUGACUCGAAUUACGGCUUAGCGACCUUUUUUUUUCCUUCUUAAUUUAAAAUUUUUGGCUUUACUGUUUUUUUUUGCCUUUUAUUUUUGGAUAUUUUUAUUGAAUGUAUUUUAUUGUAUACAACUGGCCUUUUUUCUUUUUUUUUUUCUCCUUUUAGUUCAGCCCAUGUGAAAUUUAAUUAUUAUUGGCUUUUUUUUUUCCUUUUGUUAGAGGGGCUUAAUAAUAUGAGGUUUUGGUUGA